ACUGCAGAUUUCGGCGAAAUAUUCAUCGAUUUACCAGAGCGACGGCUUUCUAUUCGUUCUAAGGGACAGUCCGGUGUGUCAGUGGUUGUGAGGCGUUGCUGCGCGCGGCGAAGAUACCAUUGUAUUCGAUAGAAAAAGAUAUUAAAAAGCUGCAAGGAAUUAUAGUCUCGUUACUAUUUAGGAAAUUCAUUUCAUUAUAAUCUUAUUAUUACUAUAACAUAAUCAUUUGUUUUUUAAUUGUCACCUGAAUUAAAUAUUUGUUCUCAAAAACUAAUUCUACUUUUACGUAAUUUAUUCAUUUCUUAAAUUGUGAUUACUAUUCUAUUUGUAGAAUUAAAAAAUAAAUUGAUUCUUAAUGCAUUUGUUUUUAAAGUAGUGUUGUUAAUAGUGGACUGUGUCAGUAUAAAAUAUAUAUGUAUAUAGAUGAGUAAAAAAAAGUGCAGAAGAAAGUGAAAAUAAUAAUUCAUAUUAAAAAAAUGUGUUAAAUCAAUUUCUACAACAAAUUGAAUAAAAACGAUUUAAAUGGGUGAGGUUAUAGGAAGAAGGAAGAGCAUAACAUACACAUUGAAUGUUAUUUUUACUUAUUUUCAUCAUAAAAACAUCAUUUUGGUUAGCUUAACAAUUAUAGCUUUAAAUAAUGAUGAAUGAGAUAUCUAAUAUUUAUGAUAGAAAUUAAUAGAUCAAUUGACUAUAAAAUUACAAAUUAUAUAUACAUAUAUAUUAUUGAAAAAUGAUUAUUAUUGAUUAUUAAAAUUUUAUUGCAUCAUGGACCGCGUCUGUUAAAAACUCCUUGUUGGUUGUAUUUCUAACCUUUCCUGGAUCAUGAGCCAUAUUCUACUUCCUAGAAAUCGCAUCUUGCAAUACGAUUAUAGUCCAUGUCAGCACUGUCAUUGUGAUAAUAUUUUUAAUACUAAAGGAGUAAAUAAAUACUUAUUUUUUAAGAUAGUAUCUUGUAAGCAUUUAAAAGACUUUGUAAAUCAAGUACCCCGUCAACAAAGACAUCAAAAUUUCUAUGAAAGUUUUUUACUUCUCGCAGCAGCAGUUUACAUAUUUCUUGUUAUAUUCAUUUCUGAAGCAUCUGGAACUAUACAAGAAAGUGAAGGAAAUUCAAAAAAAACAGCGUUUAAUGAUUCAACGGAACUUCAUGAUCUCAAGUCGACGUUUCAAGGUGAUCUUAGUAGCAUCAUAGAUUUACUUGAAGCAUUACAAUUACAUAAUAGAACUCUACAAGGCGUCACACAAGUUCCCGGUCUUAUGCGGUUAAAACCUGCAUAUUACUUUGAGGGUGAAGAUAGGGAGCUUCGAAUGAGUGAAAAAUAUUUCCAACAAGCAACUUCAUUGCUUCGACAGUGCACUGAAUUUACAAUGGUUGCUAUUUUACGACAAGAAGAAGCAAAUUCGGGAACAAUUGUAGCCUUUUCGUAUGGUAACAACAGGUACUUAGAACUGCAGAGUAGUGGUCGCAAAGAUGAGUUACGUCUUCACUACGUAUCACGUCAAGACGGCACCAUUCAUGUUGAAAGAUUUCCAUACCGACUAGCUGAUGGUGCAUGGCAUAAAGUUGCGCUGAUUAUCAGUGGUUCACAAGUUGAGUUAUUAGUUGAUUGUCAUCCUCUUUACAGGCGUCUUCUAAGACCAGGAGCACCUGACACAAAUUUUACGAAACCUUUCCUUCAACUUUGGGUAGGCCAAAGAAGCACGAAUCAUUUUCUGUUCAAGGGGGCCCUCCAAGAUGUAAAGUUAAUAGCAGGACCUCAUGGUUAUCUGUACCAAUGUCCUCAGCUCGAUUCAUCUUGUCCAGUUUGUGGUCAUUUUUUACUAUUACAUAAAACAGUUGAGAGAGUAUUAUAUGACUUAAACGAGCUAACUCUCAGGUUAGCGACCGCAGAAAAUAUAAUAAGGAAAUUAGAAGAUUGUGAAUGUGAAAAAUCUUGUAGAGUCAAUGGCACUAUUCAUGAUGAUGGAGCAACAUGGGAAAAAGACUGUCAUCAGUGUUCUUGUGUACAUGGUGAAAUAAAAUGUAAAUUAACACCUUGUGCUCCAGUAGCAUGCAAAAAUCCGAUUGUGCCUAUUGGACACUGUUGUCCAGUUUGUUUAAAACAAUGUUAUUUGCAUGGCGUAAUAUAUGAUCAUGGUGAAAAAGUAUCACCAAAACAGUGUGUUGAAUGUGAUUGCUACGAUGGUAGCUUCACUUGCCAAAGAUUCAAUACUGAAACGAAAUGUCCAUCAUUAUCAUGCCCAUUGAACGAACAAAUCAGUGUAGCUGAAGAAUGUUGUAAAUUCUGUUCAGGUGCCUAAAAUGGAAUUUUCAUUUACUAACAGUGGAUAAUUUUGAAGUGUAUAGAAAAUACUGCUAGGCAAAAGAAAGUUAAUGAAAAACCAAACAAAAUGAAAAGCAAUAGACAAUAACGUAAAAAAAUCAAAAAUUGAAAUAUUGUUGCAAAAGAAAAGGAGGGAAAAUUUAAUAUACAUACACAUAAAUAUAACUUGAUUUUCUUUUUUAAAAUUAAAGAACUAGUCUAAUGAAAAAAGCAGGAAAUUUAAUCGAGCACAACGAACACGAAUGAUUUCAAGGAACUUUAAUUUGGACAUUUUUCUGAAAUAUAUAAUUUUUUUGAAGAAGAUCCUUUAUUUUCUUAUUGUUCAAGCAUCCUAAAAAUCUAAAAUCAAGACUUGAAUUUCUCGAAAACCCCAACUUUUUCUUACAUUACGUUUAAAAAAAAAUUUCUUCAAGUAAUAAAACGAAUCAUUUUAAUGAAUAAAAAAAGUAAACAAUGGAAAAAAGAUGGUCUUGCUCCAAUCAUCUUCGCGUUCGUUUAGAAAUUGCUAUCUAUCUGACCCACAGUGGGCCGCAAAAAAAGCUUAUUUUGACAAAAUUGAUCAUUCUCAAUAAAUCAAAAAUCUGCAACUAUUAUUUAUAUACUAUUCUUGGGACAGCUGAUUAUGCAUCUGGAAUCAGAUUUCAAAACUUAAAAAUGGCGGACCCAAUAUGUCGGACACAAAAAUUUAAAAAUUAAUGGAUUUACAUAAAACUUAAUAUCCAAUGGUUUUUGAUGUAGCACUAGGGAGCAACGGGGUGUAAGCACCUUGACAACGCUAUAAUCAACAACUCCAAUCAUCUUCGCCAUAUUUUUUCUCUAAUUUACUUUUGAAAAUACGUAUAUUUAUCAAAUUUUAUCCUUCUAGGUCAAAUGAUGUGACCGCUAAAGGGGGAUGGGAGUUUUACACGUAUUUGUCGAAAAUUUUGAGUUUUUUCUUAACUACGCUAUGGCCGUCAUCACGUUUACUAAAUUGUUCCUGGUAAUCUACUCGCAAAAAUACAUAUGUGUACUAAAUCAUGAAAUAAUUUAUGAGUAAAUGAAGAAAUUUUUAUUGCAAAUAAUUUUUUUUCUAUUUGAAAGCAAAAAUUAGUGAGAAUUAAUUCAAAUUAGUAAAAAUUUUCACUAAUUUUUAGUAAAAUAUUAUACUAUUUGAUUUAGUAAUAUUUUUUUACUAAAGUAAAAAUUUUUAAAAAUGACUUAAAAUUAGCAGAAAUUUUUACUAAUUUAAAUUGGGGAACACACAUUUCCUAUUCUCGCAUACUGCUCGUAAUGCACACAAUUCAUUAUAUACUUUGUGAUGCAUUUUCCUUAUACACACUGUAAAAAAAUUGGGGAGUUAAUGGCAACCAGAGUUAAGAGUAAAAUUUUUUGAGUAAAAAAUCAACUUCAAAAGUGAGUUAAAAUUAGAUCAACUCCAAAAGGGUGGGACUUUUUUAGAGUCCGUUUGGGAGUUAAAAUCUAACUCCCUUUUUUUACAGUGUAUCAAAAAUAUAUAUAUAUAUGAAAAAACGAUUACAUGUAGCCUAACCGACAAAACAGCAUUAUUUACUUGGUUUACACCACAAAAUUAAGUAAUACGUAUGAUACUUAUCUAAGUAAGUAUAGAAGUGGAACGUUAACGCCAGAGUGAGGUGAGUUAAAGUGAACGCGAACGACUGAGAUUUAAUUCUCACUCAAUCUUAUUUACUUCACUCUGACGCUUACGCCAAGGUUUAUGUAAACGUUUAUUUAUUAAAUAUUGCCUUUUGACAUUAUAAGUUGUUAUCAGUUCACUGUCGGUAAUGAAUUAAUUACCUUGUUGUCACAUAAUUACAAACAAAAUCCAGAUCCAGUUCCAAUAGUGAAUUAUAUUUUAUUUAUUUACUAAUUAGUUUUAAAGUUGUCUCUAGAAUUAAUAUUGUUCUUAAUAUUUCGGAACUGUCUUGGACAUUUUUCCGUAUUCGAUUUGUUAAUUAUUUUUGU